AUGCAAACGCCUACUAUUACCAUCUACAUGCUUGUUUAUGUAGAUGAUAUCGUCAUUGUUGGGUCGUCUCCUACAUCUAUUGAUCACCUCAUUCGCACACUGUCUUCUUCAUUUCCUAUUAAAGAUCUAGGUCGUCUAACUUAUUUCUUGGGAAUUGAAGUACUUCACAAUUCAGGGGGAAUCACUCUUGUAAAACACAAAUACGCCUCUGAUCUGCUUAAACGGGCUAAUAUGAUGAAUUGUAAAAGUAUUUCAACUCCCAUGUCAGUAACAGAUAAGCUUGCUCAAGAUCUUGGUAAACCUCUUAGUGACGAAGACGUUUUUAAAUAUAGAAGUUUAGUGGGCGGUUUGCAAUAUCUUACGUUGACUAGGCCAGAAAUUUCCUUCCCUGUUAAUAAAGUUUGUCAAUAUUUGUCUAAACCCACUACAAUACAUUUGGAAGCUGUGAAGAGAAUAUUGCGAUACAUUAAAGAUUGGGCAGGAUGUAUAGAUUAUAGAAGAUCCACGGGAGGCUUUGCAAUUUUUCUAGGACCUAACUUGAUUUCAUGGAGUUCAAGGAAGCAGCCCACUGUGUCACGUUCAAGUACAGAAGUUGAGUACAAAGCUUUAGCUAAUGGCACUACUGAGGCUACAUGGAUACAAUCAUUACUCAAGGAGUUGGGAGUCCAUCAAAGAAGAGCACCUGUGCUUUGGUGUGAUAAUAUAGGUGCCACAUACUUGACAACAAAUCUGGUGUUUCAUGCUAGAACUAAGCAUAUAGAAGUCGAUUUUCAGUUUGUAAGGGAAAAGGUAGCUAUGGGAGCUCUAGAUGUACGAUUCAUAUCUUCAAACGAUCAGCUGGCAGAUGGUAUCACAAAGCCUACUACUCGCAACAUGCUAGACAAAUUAAAACAUAAUCUAAACCUCAAAUCGGUUGGGAUUGAGAGGGAAUGUUAA